AGACAUGACCCUUCCAUCAUCUUACAAAACAACUUCCGAAUACUUCAAAGAUUCUUUAGAGUUUUUAAAGACCUACCAAUGGCUGUAUAAUUGCAGUAAUACCGAUAUCUUAGUGAGAAAUACAUUCGAAAAUUUUCCAAGUGAGUGGUUGGAUUAUUUCCAGAAUUUGACAGAUGAGGAUCUUAAUAAAUUAUCACUGAAAUAUGUAGAGGUUGAUUGCCCUACAAGUUUGAAACAAUUUCUGGAGAAGGUAGAAAGGUUGCAACCAAAUAUUACCGUAGCACAAGAAAACGAUGGUUAUGCAUUUCCCCACAAUUCUGGUCUCACUGAAAAGAAAGCUCAUGAGAUCUUAGCAAUGGCUCCAAUUGUUCAUGAACUUUGUAAGACUAAUGGAUUGGACUUUAUCAUUGAUGUGGGCUCCGGGCUGGGCUACCUCUCUCACCACCUGAAUGAGCGAUACCACUAUCGAGUCCUUGGCUUGGAAUGUUCCAAAGACCAUAUAGCGCUAGCCUACAAAAAUCAGGAAAAAUUUCACCCACAAUCGAAAGGCGAGGUUAUGUUCAUAGAACAUUUGAUCAAUGAGGAUUCCGCAGAAGUAAUAUCUCGGAUAGCAGAACAAUUUAUCGGCUCGAAAAAAUCUUGUUGCAUUAUAGGGCUUCACGCCUGCGCAGAUUUGAGCAUUACUAUACUAGACCUUUUCGAAAAAUUGGAUUUCGCGUCAUGCUUGGCGAUAAUGCCUUGCUGCUAUCACAGAAUCAAACUCAGGGGGGAAGAUGGCGAUAAAGAAUACUUCAGGAAUUUUCCUUUGAGCGAGGUGUUGAUAGAUUUGUUUGAAGAAUACGAGGCACAUACAUUUUUGAAACGUCCUUUUUUGCGGCUGGCUUGCCAACAAUCCAAGGGAAGUUUCGUUGCCAUGACAGAGGAGGAGCAUAAUAGGCAUGCUAGGAAUUUCAUGUUCAGGGCUAUUCUUCAGGAGGUUGCUGCACAAGAAAAUUGUCGAGUCACCAGGCUGAAGCGUAAAUCUUCUAAAUCCCGCCAUCCGGAUCCCGAUGAGGAUUUCGCAGCCUACUUGACCGACCUCGAACACAGCCACAGAUUGGAGCGCGACGGCCCUGAAAAAGAUCACCCCCACGUCAAUGACGAGCGAUUCAGAAGGAAAAUGCUCGAAAAGUGGCAAGAGCAGAAAGGCAAUUGUCGCUUGGUGGAAGUAUUGACGGGUAUGCAGGCGUCGAUCCAAGGCGUCUGUGAGAACGUCGUUCUUCUGGAUAGGGUCGAGCAUUUGAGACGGAAGGGCUUCCGGUGCCGCGUUGAAAAAGUUACUAACGAUCUGGUAUCGCCGAGAUGUCAUGCUUUAAUUGCAUCCAAGGGCGACGAACCCUAACACCUUGAGAGGUAGUGCAUAUGUCUA